UGCCAUGUGUUCUAAAGAACCAAACUGUCAGGACUCCCCAUAUUUGGUCCUACAGAAUCACGCUUUUGCGCUGAUCUUCUCUCUUAAAUUGAGGGCUUUUGAGAGCAAUCUCACACGUUUUUGCUCAUUUCUCUGUUACUACCGCUCCAACACAAAGCUGCUGCCAUGUCAAACUCUGGAGUCUUAGGAGGGCUGAGUGAGGCUAAAAAGGCCGAUGCCAGCAUCCAGGAGAUCUGCAAUAAAGUCAAACCUGACUUGGAGAAAAUGUCUGGAAAAGUAUUUACUGAAUUCUCUGCGAAAUUAUACAAGACACAGCCCGUGGACGGGACCAAUUACUUUAUAAAGGUCCACGUGGGAGGACAGGAUUAUUUUCACAUCAGAGUUUUUCAAAGUCUUCCCUGUGAUGGUGAAAAACUCAAGCUGAUCUCUUAUCAACAUUCCAAAAGCCUCAGUGACCCCAUUGAGUACUUCUAAAGAGACCCUACAUCCAUCAAAGCAUCUGUGGCAACAACUUGUUAAGUCGUCUGCCCUGUCAAUGUCCUGUAAUGUCUGUUAUGUAACCAUCUGUAAAAAACUAUAGACUGUAGUUGAUUGUUC